GAUUUUUGGCUUUUCCACAGUCAGCAAUUAUUGCUGUGAGAUGUGCAUCCAAAAAGGCAGGUGGCAGUUCCAAAAAUCUGGGUGGGAAGAGUCCAGGUCGGCGAUAUGGAUGGAAGAAAGGCGAUGGGGAUUUUGUUCGUAUAGGAAACAUUUUGGCAACACAGCGCCUGAUUCGCUGGCACCCAGGAGCCAAUGUAGCAAUUGGUCGGAAUAACACUCUUGUCGCUCUUGAAGAUGGAAUUGUCCGUUAUACUAAGGAGAUCUAUGUACCACCACCCCGCAGCUUAGAGACCAUGAAAGUGAUCUCUCGCCUUCCAAAGGGGGCACUCCUUUACAAGACAUUUAUCAAUGUGGUCCCAAACAAGCAGGAAGGUUGCUUUAAACUGGUGGACAUGCUUUGAUCCUGUGGUGUGGCAUAACAGAUUAAUGGAUGGGGCAAAUUGUUGGUCAUUGAAUGACAUUGGAUUUAUUCUGUUAAGCUCCUAACAGCAGCUUUAUUUGAAUUCUAUGAAUUUCACAAUUGACCCAGUGCAACCCCCUGAAUUGAUACAGGUUCCUUCUGGUGAUGUUGAAUGAUUAUUUUUGAUGCUGUAACACCUGGUUUCUUGAUUCUGCUGGCAUUCUUUGUGAACUGGUGUAGGGCAGUGGACAUUAUAUUUUUAGUUUCUGUUGUAAAGUCAAAAUCA